UUAGUGCUAUCCUAGGGUAUUUCUCUUUCCAAAUUCGAACUUUUUUUAAAUUUUUUCGAAAAAAAAAAAUUUCGAAUUUUUUUUCAAAAUUUAUUUUUGAAAAUCGAAAAUUAUUUUUGAAACUGUUUUUAAUUUUUGUUUUUUUUAAAUUUAAGUAUUUAUUUAUAUAUUUAUUAGAAUACUAAAUUUUACAUUCUAAAAACCCGUCCUCCAGCUUCUCAACUCUAAACCCUAAGUAUAAAUUAAUUAAUCCUAGGUGGUUAUAAAUGAUUUUUUUUUUCUAAAGUGAAGGUAAAAGUAGUUGGUGUGUAAAUAUGAAAAGUGAUGUUAUGAAUAUGAUAUUUUUGACAAAUUUUCAUCUUUUAUAUGUAACUGUCUCUAUGCCCAGCGAAUAUGGUCUCUAAUUUGGUUUAUUAUAACUUAUUAUCUUAUACUUUAUGUUUGGGUUAAUAUAAGUUAUCCUAUUGAAUUGAUUUUAGAUUUACAAAUUAUUAAAUUGCUUCUUAUGCUGUCAUGUAAAGUAAAUUGACAAGUUUUUUUUUUAAUUGAUACAUAAAGUUACAACUUUUUAAAUGUUUUUCAAUUAUAUAUAGGAGAUAUUUAUAUGUAGGAUGAACUAACUUUUCAAAUUGCAAAUUUACCUUUUAGAUAACUAUGCAUCCAAUUUUACCUAUUUAAAAAUAAUUCACCGACCUACUCAUGUAAUUAUCGCGUAACUUUUGAUACCUCUUAUGCUAAUAUUAUACUUAUCUUAUCGUUUGUAACAUAAACAAAUCAAAUUUAUGCUUUUUCAAAUAUAUUUCGAGUAGACUUUGACUAUUAUAAAACAGAAUUUUCGUGCCAAAGAUUCUGACUUAACUCAAAGGGGAUUGAUUACGGUUAAUCAACUUUUGUCUGGGUCCUCUCUCUAAACAAACUUCUAGUAAGAAGCCAAUAGAGAUUAUACAACAGGAUUGAUUGCUUAAGGUAUGGCUAAAAUCUAUUUUAAUUGAUUUUUUAAUUUUUUCUAUUUUGUAAAAAUAUCGAUUUGAUUCAUAUGCACAUACGUCUCACAGAAACAUCGUUUCUCUAUCUGAAAACAUGUUCUAGCUAGAUAGGUGAUCAAUUUGCUUUAAUUUAUCUUUGUUUUUCAUCAGCAUAUAAUACGAGCUGAUAACCCCGUUUCCAUAUUCUUAUAGUUAAUUAAUCUCAUUAGUUUUCAGAAAUUUUUUAAAAUACACCGUUGUUAGUCAGUUAUAUUUUUUUAUUUUUUUUAUAUAUAUUCACAUGGAGAAGAUGUCGAUGCCAUGCGCUGCUUGCAAGUACCUGAGGAGAAAAUGCACACAAGCCUGCGUGUUUGCACCUUACUUCCCACCUAACAAACAGGAAGAUUACGCAGCGAUCCACAAGGUAUUCGGAGCAAGCCAAGUGGCUAAAAUUCUCAACGACCUUCACCCAAGCCAGAGACAAGACGCCGUGACCUCUCUCGUUUACGAGGCACAAACUCUUCUUCUUGACCCGGUCCAUGGCUGUUCUCGUCACGUUUACAACCUCCAAAAUCAGCUUAAAGACCUUCAGGACCAACUUCAAAUCGCCAGGAACGAGCUUGUCUCUUACAAUAAUAUCAUCCCAUCGCUUGACCUACCUCCUCCGAUUACGUAUCAGCAAAACCAUCAAAACCCUAUGUUGAUGCCUGUUGUGUCUAAUUAUGGUGGCCCGUUAACUUCUGAACAGUUACGCGAAGAGGCUCAUCGGGUUGAAUCUGAAAGAAGCGCUCAAGUGCCGCAAAUGCAGCCAAACGCAGCACCCUCAAAGAGGGAUGACUGUCCAUGACAAAAAGAUACCAUCAAAGGUAUAUAUCAUGUAAAUAGUUUUGAUGGUAAUGUCGGACGCUUCAUAUAAAAAAAAAUCAUGGUUUUUGUUUCAUUUGUUAAAGAAAAAACUUCAUAAUUUAGGACAAGCGUGAUCUCUCUAAUAUUCUAAUAGAAGAUGGUUGUUUCUUCUGUGUGCAUGUAGGGCUGGGCAAAUAAACCAAAUCCGAAAAUCCAAACCAAACCCGAUCCGAUAAAUAUGAAUCCGAUCCGAUCCGAACCCGAAAUAAAUACCGAAUGGAUCAUGUUUUAUGAUAUUUCGGGUGAUGGAUAUUAUCCGAACCGAACCCGAAUCUAAAUGGAUACCCGAUAGAACCCGAAACAUUCAAAAUUUCAAAAAACAACUUGUACCAAACAUGAUUUCAAUUCCUAAUAUGUAUUCAAAAUUUAUUGAACAUCUAAAAUAAUUAUCUAUUAUACGAAGAUUGAUGGUUGAAGGUUGAAGUUUUUAGAUUUUGGAUUUUGUUUUCAUUGAAUAAUGUUUUUCAUUUCAUGAGAACUUGGUUUUCGUUUUAUGUUUUCAUUUAUUUGGUUUUCUUUCGAUCAAUAACUAUGUUUACAUUUCACUUGAUUUUGAAUGAUCACAUUUGAUGUUCCUUUCUUUUUUGAACCGAUUUUAUUUAUGUUUUGGUUACAAAAUAUGUACAAAUCAAGUAUUUUUAAAACCAAAGAACCGAUUUUACUUAUUUUUUGGUUACAAAGUAGAUAUAAAUUAGGUACAUUUAAACCGAAGAACCGAUUGGGACCCGAACCCGAAAGUAUAUCGGUUUGUACCGGUUCUUUGAAGAUUUACUAACCCCGACCCGAACCUGAUAGAACCUGAACCGGUCCCGAACCAAAUUUUUAUAUAAUCCGAAUGUGGCUGAUUUUGAUAAACCCAAAAAACCGAAACCCGAUUGGACUAAUCCAAAACCCGAUUGGGACCCCGAAUGCCCAGGCCUAUGUGCAUGUGUAGUCAUUUUGGUAGAAAUAUAUUAAUCAUAGGCGAGUUAGCGAUAUCUAUUAAUGAGGUGGCAGUACCAUGAAGAAGAGAUGUUAUCUUUUAGUAUAUUAAAAGACUAGGUAAUAAUCUGCGCCUUGCAUGGAAUGUGAUUAUUACUUUCGUUAUUUUU